GUUUUAUUAGCUUAGCAAUUAUGGGAAAUACAGCCACUUGUUGUCUUAAGAAUCAGGCGCAUGACCAAGUAGGACGGAUUAGAAGGAGGAAGAAGAUGAAGGAUGAUAGAGGUGGUAUUAAAUUGGCGAUGGUGCAAAGGAAUGGUAAAGUGAAAGUAGAGGAAAUAAUUGAAGAAAAGAAAAGAGCAUGAGAAAAUGAUAAAAUUGUUGAUAAAGAAGGAGAUUGUUAUAUCUCUGGAACAGAUUCUGAGGAAUGAGCAUGGCCGAUAGCUGAUGAAGUGACUGAUCAUGGGCAGGAUUUGGAGCCUGGAAAUGAUUAUACAAUGAGUUAUAAAGAACUCAGUUACCUUUACUCACCCAAUUAUGUGAAGGAGAAUUGGUUCAAUAGCAUGAAGAAGUUUAAUCCACAGUCUGAACUUUGUCUUGAUCUAAAGCUGUCAAGAGAUCUUCAAUUUUUGAAGAAAGUCCACUUUAGACUGCCUGAUUUAGAUAUUCUGAGAUUAAGAAACAUUCCUUCGAAUGUAAAAAAGUUUGUGAAAAAGUUUCUCAAAAAGUAUUUUCCUAAUAGGGUCAAUACAUUCAGCUUAAAUUACGAUUCUGAGUUAAGCAGCGCUACCUUUUAUGUGAGAGAGCUUACCUCAAUUAGUUGGAGAGUGAAAUAAAAGGAUGACAAUUUGCAAUUUUGAGGUAAACCAGAAACAAUUCGCAAAUUUAUUAUCGGCAAAUAAGAACAAAGACGUCCUAUAUUUCACUAGAUGCGAAAUUAGUCUCCUAGGAGUGCCAUAUUUUUAAAGAAAGCAUGAAAAGAAGCACAUUGAGGCAGAUAAACUUUGGUCAUUCUAAAUUUACACACCCAAAAGAUUCCUCAAAAUGAUCUCAGCUAGAACUUUUAGUUCUUCACUUAUCAGAAUGAAGUGAUUUCAAGUCAAAUUUUGAAACUAUCUCUAUAUGGAACUAUGAAUUUAUAGGAAGAGAUGUAGAGCAAGUUUUGCAAAGGAACGGAUUCACUCAGGUUAGAAUUCUUACUCACAAUUAAGGAAGAGA